UAGCGGACGCACGUUCGUGCGCCGAGGGACGCGUGGCCGAUAAGGCGCCUCUCUCGUAUUCUCGCACUUACACGUUCACGUGUCAAAGCAUCCUCGUCGCGUCUUUCGCGAGUGUGUGUUGCAUCUGGGUGCCGAGUGCCAGAUUUUAACGCUAUCCACCGUCAAACGUGUGCCUCGUCUGUGUGAUUUUGCCCUUGUCUUUGUUUUUAUUUUUAUUUUUGUUUCGUUUGCUUUUGUUCUGAUUCUUGCUUUGCUUUUUAAACGGUGCUGGUGGCGACUUGUAGUGCGUGGUGGUGUCAGCCGGCGAUGACGAUAGCGAUUUGAUUACUGUGCUUGCUCUCGUGCUGUUUACAUUUUAAGAUGUGGUACAUUUUGAUUAGGCAGCAUUGACUUGGCCAAAGAAAUGUCUAACAAAGAUCAAAAGCGAUUGCCCAGCUGACAAACAAAACCGACAAUGACGUCGGAGACGUCGUCGGCAGCUGACAGCCCGGCGCUGCUGCAUCGGCCAUUGCUCGUUACCUCUUGCCCCAGCGACGCCAAUAGCAGCAACGCCUACGGCAAGUCCGCUGCCACCGGCAACUUGGGCACCACCAUCGACACCGUCGCCAGCAGCAACGUCGCGCGCUUCUCGCCGCCCAGCGUGCGAUUCCACACCCUCGACCUUGACAUGGAUGAGAAACCACAUCGGAGCGGCGGCGCAGGAGGACGUCUGGCAGCCCCGCGGAUGUCACUGCUGGGACGCCCGGUGAACUAUCGGGCGACUCGUCGCGAUGCCCGCUACCGGCGGCUCCAGGCCCGCGUCUACAAUUUCCUCGAGCGGCCGCGUGGUGUCUAUGCCGUUUCCUAUCACAUGAUCGUAUUUCUUAUGGUCUUUACGUGCCUGGUCCUUUCGGUCUUUAGUACGAUAGACGAAUACGAGAAGGAGGCCGGAGUUCUCCUUUUUUAUAUGGAAAUGGUUGUGGUUGUGUGGUUCACCGGCGAGUUUUUUUUUAGGUUAUGGUCGUCAGGAUGUCGUUCAAGGUAUCAAACAGCUAUCGGUCGGCUGAAGUUCCUUCGAAGGCCCUUCUGCAUCAUCGAUGUGAUAACGAUAAUCGCGAGCAUAGUGGUGCUCGCGAUGCGGAGCAGCGGCCAGGUGUUCGCGGCAAGCGCCCUCCGCGGGCUCCGCUUCUUCCAAAUACUGCGGAUGGUGCGGAUGGACCGGCGUGGCGGCACGUGGAAGCUACUGGGCAGCGUCGUUUACGCUCAUCGACAAGAGCUUAUAACAACGCUCUACAUCGGCUUCCUGGGACUGAUCUUCGCCAGCUUCUUGGUCUAUCUCGCCGAGAAGGACGACGAGCACUUCAAUAACUUCGCCAAAGCCCUGUGGUGGGGAGUGAUUACCCUGUGCACGGUGGGCUACGGUGAUGCCGUGCCAAAAACCUGGCAAGGUAAAAUAAUCGCUUCCUUCUGCGCGCUCCUCGGUAUAUCGUUCUUCGCUUUACCAGCUGGGAUUCUGGGCUCCGGAUUCGCCUUGAAGGUCCAGCAGCAGCAACGCCAAAAACACAUGAUCCGGCGGAGACAGCCGGCUGCCAGUUUAAUCCAGGCCCUUUGGAGGUGCUACGCGGCCGACGAGCAUAGCAUGAGCGUCGCGACCUGGAAAAUUCAUCAAGUUCCGCUGCCAAGUCCGCCCAGUAGUCGACCCUCUUCUAGCUUUAAGCACAACGCGUCAUUUGUCAGCCGGCUGCCAACGAUUCGCCGGCACAAGAGCACGUCUCUGCACAGUCCUAGCCUUCACAAACUCGUUCAUCAGGGCUACCAGGGCCAACAGCGUGGCACCCGCGGCUUCACCGACUUCAUCUCGUCGUCCGAAAAUUUGGGCGUUCAGCCCACGAGCAAUAAUAACAACGGUAACAAUAACGCCAGCAACGAAACGAGCGCCGGUGGCGCGGGAGGUACUGGUUCUUCUGGCCUCAACACCAGUAGACAGCUGAACGCGAGCUACUCGGAGGAUUCUGUAACGGAAACGGCACUGUCCAAGAGGAAUUCCGACGCAGUGAGGUACCGGAUGAACCGGUCGUCGUCGACGCUCGAGCUGCGUGAGCUGCGGAUCGACGGCUUGAUAGGGCGCCUCGGUGAGACAUCGUCGACACUGCCGUUGGCCCUUGCUGGCCUUGUCUCCCCCUUACCGCCGCUGCCGGAGCUCCUUGGAUCGCCGACCUCUCCCAACGCGUCUCCGACCUCCGAGAAGAAUGAGGACGAGGAGCCUCGAUGUAUACAGUUAACGAAUCAGCACAAAGGAGCGAUAAGGGCGAUACGAAAGAUGAAGUACUUCGUGGCGAGGCGCAAAUUCAAAGAGGCACUGAAGCCGUACGACGUUAAGGACGUGAUCGAGCAAUACAGCGCCGGCCAUGUCGACCUUCUCGGUCGCGUGAAAAAUAUCCAAACUAGGUUAGACCAAAUAUUAGGUAAGCAAGGUUCGAAAGCGAGGGACGUUUACGCUUCAAAAAUUAGUUUAGCAUCGAGAGUGGUUAAGGUCGAAAGGCAGGUCGAUGACAUCGAGAUGAAACUCGACCAGCUUAUCGAGCUGUACAUGGAGGACCGCAAGCGCCUGCUGGCGCUACCGAUGCCCGAGCCGGCGGACUACAGCGCUCGGGGCAUUGGCGGCGGUGGCGGCGGUGGCGGCCGUGGUGGCGGCGGCGGCGGCAGCGGCAGCGGCAGCGUUGCUAGCAGUGGCAACGCCGAUGCCGCCGGUGGAUCUGCCUGCGGCGAGAGCGUGGCCGCCGCCCCCGACGCGCCGCUGUCCGCGGGCGUGGGCGGCAGCUUCGUGCUCAAACCCAUCCUCGUGGACAAGCAGCUGUCGGAGCCGAGCUCGCCCACCAUCAACAACUUCCGCGAGUCCGAGAGAGCGCAGAGCCAUCACACGCGCUACCAUUCGCACGCCAAACCGCGCCAGAUACACCGUGGACAUUCCGACCUCGGCACUCGCGUCAAGAAGCGCGUCACUCUGAGUUCCAUCCCGUCGAACCUGGUGUUGCCGGGCGACAUGUCGAGGUUGCCACCGCGAGUGCCAACGUUGCCAACGGCUUCGUCGGCUCCGCCAACGCUUAGCUCGCCACAAGGCGACGUGGUGAUACUGGUGCCUCCGCUUUGCGGCGCUGCCGACUCUAUCUCGGUGGAAUUGCCCGGUGACGACUGCUUGUCGGGCGCCUCGGCGAGUGUCAGCCUCACCGUCGUCGGCAAAGUGCCACAGAGUUCCAAGGAAUCCUCCGAUCGGUUGGAGGAGCACGAAAGCGUAUACACGCUGGUCGACACAGAGGACGAGGAAGAAGAGGAGGAAGAGGAGGAGGAGGAGGAGGAGGAAGAGGAGGACGAGGACGAGGUGACGCAAAUGGCAGACUACGAGGUCGAGGACGAAGCUGAAGCCGAGUACGAGGAAGAGGAAGAGGAGACCUCGUGUGAAAACACGGCACUGCUGGGCAGCGGCGCGACGCGUACCCAGAUAAUCGUCACGCCGAGCAUGAGUCCAGCGACGAGCAGCCACGACCUGAGCAUUCACGCGGUCGAUCAUCACCGUGCUCAGCCGAGCGAUCAUCGCUCCUAGCCCUACCUCAAGCUGCGCCAAGGCCCAAGCGGCGUCUCGUAGCCUAAACUCGACAAGUCACCUCUAUCGGCGACGAAAGCCAACGUCGAAAAUCAAAGUCGUCUCGGGGAUGAGCGGCAAUUGCUUGUUGAGCCUAGGCUCGAGUUUACUUCUUGCUCGAUAUGUCUCGGGACUCUUUUCCAGUGAAGACGAUAGCUGCGUUUGUUUUUCAGCUGUGAUGCGGACCACAAGGUAUCAUCUGUACGUACGAGCGAGUCGUUUCUUUGUGCUCGCUCGAUACGCAUUGCUCUUUCAACGAGUUCACUUUCAAAGCACUGUUUUCCAUAUGCUUCAUCUGGUUACCUGAUUGACAAAUCGGACCGCGGAAGCUUUGACACACAAUGCUCUCGUCCGAGUUAGCCGCGUAACAGCUUCAAAGAACUUGUGUUUUCAGCUCCAACAGUUGUUAUUUAUCUGUACUAUACGAACGACCCUCUGGCAGGGCGUAGUUAAUUAUAUUUUCCUGAUAUUGAAUAGCUAAGCAAAAGAUUUUCUUUACACAUAUAUUAUUUGUAAAUGUUCGUCAAAGGCAGUGCAAUGGCAUAACAGGCGAAGAUGAGUACUUAUUAGGGCUGGAAAAGAUUUAAGAAAAACCAAAACAUAGACUGUAGACUACUUAAUGCGCAGCACAUUUCAAGAAUUAAACGCCGUAAUUUUAGCAUGUAUAUAUAAAUACUUAACUGAAAAGAAAAUAAGUAAGCUAGGAACAUCGACUCGCGUUCGACGACACCUUCCUUCCGGUCAGUCUUCCUUGCGAGGAGCGAUUUUGCACAAUGUAGAUAACGAUUGUACCUACAAAUCUAUCGAACUGCUGCAUUAUAAUGUUCUGUUUUUCGAUUCAGCGUCAUUUUCAGAAUCGCAGUUACUGUAUAAAUUAACAUUACGACUAAUAAUAAUUACAACUAAAUAUAUACGAUAAAUCACUCUUGUUCGUGGGUUUGACGAGGCUUUGUAUACAUUUCUAGCUCUUCUUAAUCGAAACAAAUGAGUCAGUAGUUGUGAAUCUCAAAGAAUAUUUGUAAAAAUCUUUAGUGAUAAUCGCUAACGAUCAGUGCAUUCUGCUUUUUCAAUAAAAUCAAGUUCUGUCAAGCCCGUCGGACACAAGCAUAGUAUCAGAGCUCAUAUGUAUCUCCGGCUUUGAAAACUUUGCAAGUAAUGAAACCACAUUGUUUUACAAAUGACUUAUCGCAAAAGCCUCAACUAUUAUCGAAUAAAAAGUGGCAUUAAUGACAGCUUGGCAAAACAAAAAUUAAAAAAAUAAAACAUUAAGUUACUAUAAUUGCUUAAGAAAGGCCGGGAGGAAUUAGACGCUAACACCACAUACAAUUACGAAAAAAGAAUUAUUAUAACUCGAUGACGGUACGUCUUGAUAUCAAUUAAAUAAAUUAUUGUAAGCAAAAGUAAUUUGACUAAAAUAAAUCAGUGAAAAUUAAAUAAAUAAGGAUAUAAGAGUCUGAAACUCAGAUUGGUAAUAAUGAAAUAGAAUUAAAAUAAUAACGAAAGCUACACAAUAAAUUAAAACUUAGGGCACAAUAAAGACGCUUAUAAUGAAUUUAUAUAAAUAUAAAAGAUAUUGCUAAUAUUAUACAUGAUUUAGCCAGUAUUUCUAAAUUAUACUUUUUGAAUUUAGUAAAAAAAAUAUCUUGAAAUCUGAACAAAUCAUGCGAUUUCGAUACAGACAUGAUAAACAUUCGUGACUGUAGGUAUAUUGAACCGUACAACUAUAAAUCCGCUGUCUUUGAAACUAUACAGAAUAAAGAUAAGGUCCACGCAGUUUUAAUUAACUCGAAAGAAUAUCAAGCAUUGAAAUUUUACACUUUCAUAAUUUCUUGUUGAUAAAUAUACUUCGCCUGCAAAACGAAAUCCCAUAUUACUGACAAAAAUGUAUGUAUCAUUGAUAGUUUAAACAUUUAGUCAAGACUUUACAACUUUUUCUACAACAGUCCACGCAGGUUUUAUAAAAGUUCUUUCUGCCAUGAACAGCAUAAUUUGAUUACAUAAACAAUUUGAGAACGCUUCACAGUAAAAAAAUCAACUUAUGAAAUUUAUAUGGCUAGACUCUUGGCUUUGCCUACUUCGUUUUGAUAUUGUCGGCAUAAUAACGAUAUUGACAACGACAAAUGACUUGAUAACUGCUUAUAACUUUACUGGCAUCAUUUUAGCUCGUAAAACAAAGCUUUCAUUACUAUAAAGUGUAAUUUUAAACACGAAGAAAAAAAAUUAAUAAAAUACAAGAAAAAUACGAAAAUAAGAUAAAUACAUAUGUGCGUCUUCGUAUAAUAUGUGCAAAAAUAACAAAAACUGAACUUUAUAUGCACUUUGGACGUAAAUGUAAAAAUGUAAACUUUAACAAAUCGUACUAUUGUAAAUACAAACGAUUUAUGCGCUAAUUUUAUCAAUAGGGGCUGAAUAUAUGAAUUCGAGUGAAGUAUAAAUUCAUUCAACAAAUAAACAUUCCACGCGGUUAUAAUUAUACAAUUAGAUGUAAAAUAUUCAUGAAUUACGAGAUUAUUAACACAUAUUAUGAUUCUUUUCCACUGCAAAUAGAUCUUUACUGUCAUUAUUACCGCUUAACUUUUAGAAUAUUUAUACAUUAUCAAAUUGAAUUUCGGUAAAACAAUGACUUAUCACCUAUUCAAAUAUAUCAAAUUGUUUUGAACUAAUUAAUAAAUAAAUUAUUGUAUGAAUUAAAAUCGUGAAAAAGGUUUUGAUACAAUUGAUAUUUAGAAUGUAAUUAUAUGAAUUUUCUAUCAUUUGUAAGCUAUAACUGAUGGAAUAAUUUUUAAUUAUUAAAGUACUGAAUACUCAUUUAUAAAUCAUGGGUAAACUGAAAACACAUUUGAACCGAUUUAACACACCGAAGUUUGAUGCUACAAUAACAGAUCGCAUAUGUAUAUAAGCAAUCAAAUCAUACUAUCAAAAUAAUCAAUAUAAGAUUUUAUUAAACUUAUCAAAAACAUACAUUAGUUAAAAAGUAUUUUUAAUGAUAUUUAAAUAAAGGAGAACUGCAACUGGUGCCUAAAAAUUAAAACUUUACGAAAAUUAUAUUAAUGUAAAUCUUGUGAUUUUUAUUUGUUAUUGUUUCACAUAAAAAUUAUAUUAAGUUUGAAGCCAUCAAAAUUAUCUUGAAAAAUAUAUUAUUCAUCGGAAACUUAUCUCCUAUACUUCAAUCUUAAAUUUGUAUUUCAUCAUUUACCAAUACUUAAAAUAAUUAUUUUAUACUAUUAGGAUUCAUAUUAUUUACAUAAGAUUUUGUGUUCUAUCAUCUAAUAAUACCAUCCGUUAACGUUCUCCUUUUCACAUUAAAGAAAUGUAUCAAUCUUUUAAAAAAUAAAAGAAUUCCUUUAAUGCUGCUCGCUUGAAUUAUUAUAAAUAAAAAUAUGGUAAAUUGAGAGUAGAAAAUUAUUAAAAACUAUCCUAAUAAGCAAUGUUAACAGCAUGUUUAUUUGAAUUCAUCAGUUUUAGAGGGACCAUGAAACAUUGCAUUAUGCGAUCGAAUAAAUUCAAGAUAUUUUCUUGAUGCAGAACUAUAAUAUUGAAUUGAUUUGGCUUGAAUUUACACAAUUGUAGUAUAGUUGGACGUAAGUUCAAUAAUAUCAAAUAUUUAAACAUUUUAAUUAUAAGAUGACGUAAAUUUGAGGUUACAUAAAAAAUAUAAUACUUGUUGUAAUAGUUAUUUGAGUUUAUCAAGUUAUAGAUGAUCUAUGAAAUCUAGUUUUGGAAAUUAUAUGAUGAAACGAUGAAAGUUAGUAAAAUAAUUUUUUGCGUUGAUACAAAGAAUAAAUGCAUUUGUUGAGCAUUGAACAUCAUCGAAAUUGUAUAUUUGAGUUUUAAGAAAAUUAUCAUUACAGUAAACAAAAUUUUCCAAAAUCACUUUAUUUCGUAAAAAUGAUGAAGAAACAAACAAAAAUUGCGAUUGUAAUUUACUGCAGUUUCGGGUGAACAUCUCGAAUAUGUAAAACUAAGCAUAAGAAGUGAAACAAAGGAUUUGAAAAAUCUGAAAUAUAUACAUUUAUUUUAU